AUGCAGGUUAUACUGGACUUCACCAAGGAUGAGGACCUCCUUCAGCUAGCCUUGGCCAGGGAGAUCACCAACAGAGUGCAGAAGCUUCGUAAAGAGGUAGGCUUACAGCAGGACGAUCCGGUUGAGAUGUGGGCCAGCUCUACUGUGAAGGAGGUGACGGAGGUUCUGGAAAAGAAGUCGGAUUAUAUCGACCGUCUGUUGAGGAGGCCUUUGAUGAACGCUAAGGAUCUGCAGGGCCACGAGGUGACGAUAGUGCAAGAGAAGUUCGAUAUCGAUAAAGAGAACUCGGUGACUGUGAGUAUCACUCGUAUGGGACCUCACUUCAACAUGAAGGAGUUGGACACUUUAAGUGGUGGCAAUAAGGAGGUGCAAGAAAUGCUGAAGCAAUACGUGAUGUCGCAUUCAACGGCUGAGCUCGUUGAUGGUGUGGAGCCCCUCUGUUUGAAUGGGAAAUCUUACGCUUUGAAAAACGGUGUCCACUAUAGUGCCAACGGCGUGGCUGCGGUUUCCUGGGGCGCGUAAAUGGCGAGGAGGGUGUAGAAUUAUUACGUGUAUUAGUUCCUCAUGAGGAAGAGUAGUAACGGUAAAACCACUGUUGUUAUCAUUAACAGCCUUACAUCGUC